AUGCAGUCGAAUCUCAGGGCUCAGGCUGAAUUACAGGCCCAGAGGAAGAAGCUCGCGAAUUCCUACAAGCAGCUCCUCGAUGACUUCUCGGCACCGGACUUGAAGACCGUGGGAAAUUAUACUCUAGGCAGACUUAUUGGGAAGGGCAGCUUUGGGAAGGUAUAUUUGGCGUCGCACAAGCUCACCAAUGGCUCCAAGGUAGUGCUCAAGUCGGCGAAGAAGGACGAUGCGAACCUUGCCCGCGAGAUCCACCACCACCGCCAAUUCAUACACCCGCACAUUGCGAGGCUAUACGAAGUCAUAGUCACAGAGUCCCUGGUCUGGCUAGUUCUCGAGUACUGCCCUGGCGAUGAGCUCUACAACUACCUCCUCGAGAAGGGCGCCCUUCCCCCCGAAAAGGUCCAGAAGAUCUUCACCCAGCUCGUCGGCGCCGUAUCCUACGUGCACAACAAGUCCUGCGUGCACCGCGACCUCAAGCUCGAAAACAUUCUUCUGGACAAGCACGAGAACGUCAAGCUAGUUGAUUUUGGAUUUACGCGUGAAUAUGAGGGGAAAUCGAACUACCUACAAACAUGGUGCGGCACCGUGUGCUACAGCGCGCCGGAGAUGCUCAAGGGCGAAAAAUAUGCAGGCGAAAAAGUAGACGUAUGGAGUUUGGGAAUCAUUCUUUAUGCGCUUCUGGUGGGCGAGCUACCCUUUGACGAUGACGACGAAACAGUCACGAAAAGGAAGAUUUUGAAAGAGGAGCCGAAUUACCCGGGGAAUUUUCCACCGCAGGCGAAGGAGUUGUGCCAGAGCUUGCUUUCCAAACGGCCGAUUCUAAGACCUACGCUUGCGGAUAUUCUGCAAAAUCCUUGGUUGGCGGAGCAUGCGCCGCGGCAGCAGGAGAUCUUAAAGUUACAGCAGCCAGCGCCAUUUUCGACAGACUUGGAGAAGGAGGUGCUGCAGAGGAUGCGCGCUGCUGGGGUGGAUAUUGAUAUGGUUAUUGAAAAUGUGCUCGCGCAACGGUGCGAUGCCCUGGCUGGCUGGUGGGCGCUGUUGCUCGAGAAAGAGGAGCGGAAAGCAAGGAGACGGGAGCGCAAACGUAGAGAGAGGGAGGCUGAAGCGAAAAGCUUGCGACGGCUGAGCGCUGCGAGUAGCCGUCUGGACAAGCUUGCACCUACCAUAAGGGAAACAGAUGAGGAAGGACUGCAUUCGCCGUUAAUUGGGGAUCCACCGAAGAGCCGUGGGAGGGCUCUGAAGCGGACGAGCGUACAUGGUGCCCCAGAGCUACCACAGCUACUAGAAUCAGGACUUACCCCUGAGCCCGACUCCGAGAGGCCUCCUCCACCCAUAGCAAAGGACGAUGUCCGUCGGAACUCCAAUUCCUCCUCGCGUCCUCCGCCUCCGCCCAAAGAACUAGACCGGCGGAGAUCAAGAAGUAGCAUGUUGCAAAUCGCAUCCAGCAACCCCGACCUCCUCCAUCCCAACGGCUUUAUGCCGAAACGCCGCCGGAAAUACCAACCGCCAUUCAUGAAUCACCUCGCGUCGCUCCGAAAUUGGAUAAAGGAGACCUCCAAACGAGCAAGAUCACCAGGCUCCAAGGCUAGCAGCGGGAAAUCUCCCACCCUGCCUCAAAGCAAAUCUCCGGAUUCAAAACGACGCCUAAGUAAUGCCGGUCGCAAUCCCAACAACGUUCAUGCCCAUCCUUCCAACGCUACGCCCUCCACACAUGUGGCGGCUCGUCCCAGAGUAUCAACACACGGUUCUGGAAAACGACCCUCAGUGUCUCCCGCACCGCUAACACCACGCUCCUCCUACCGACGCUCCUCCGGCGGCCUUCGCGGCCGAAAAUCUACAUCAUCAUCCAUAUCCUCCAUCCGCUCCAUGCCGCACCACCACCACUCGCACUCCAAAGCCUCGUCCACAUCCUCUGCCUCGCUCGCCUCCCCCGCAGUCUCCGUCUCAGGCCACAAAACGAAAUCCCCGCAUUCUUCCGUAAAAGUCCUUCCCGCAACACCAACAAGUUCCUCCUUCCCUUCCAAUAUCCGCGUCGUGCGCGCACCCAUCAGUGAGGGCGGUGCUGCUUUCGGCACUGCUCCUCCACCUUCCCCGGGUCUCAUUUUCGCGAAACGGAAACGCAGCCCCUUCAAAGGCCCCAUGCUAUCCCUCAGCACUAGCUCGCCUGCCAGUCGGGGCCGAGGGCUAGGUGAGGGCACAGGCAGCAGGGGUACGAGUGUCCAGGGAAGAAGAAGCGGCGAGAUCACGGGCAUAGAGGAGGAAGACGAAGAUGAUAUUGAGGAGGUGGAGGAGUUCAGUCCCGUUAUUGGGGGCCCGGCGGAAUGUGUCGAGGUCGUGGAGGAGACCACCGCCGGGGCAGAAGGAAAAGAGAAAGGAAUCGGGGAGGAGAAACCCGUGGUGCCGGAGAAAGAGAGUCCGCCUCCGCCGGCGCCGCCGGAGAAAGAGAUCAAGAAUUAA